GAUUCGUUCCUAACUUCACAAAUAAUACUUCAAAUCCACAUUCACGUCUGUUUUAUAUGACACGUCCAGCUCCAGCGGAUAAAAUCGUUUAAAAAUGAAGAAUAUCAUCGAUUUAUUCAUCUCAUUCUUUCUCGUUAACACCAUUUGCAAUUUUUCCACGAUCGCAGGAGCUAAACAAAGAUAUGUAACAUGUGGAUCUGUUGUGAAAUUAAUGAAUUCAGAUUAUAGAGUACGAUUACAUUCUCAUGAUGUGAAAUAUGGUACAGGAAGUGGUCAGCAAUCUGUAACAGGAACAGAAGUUCAAGAAGAUGUGAAUAGUCAUUGGGCGAUUAAAGCUGGAACAGGGGAGGUUUGUCAAAGAGGCAAACCGAUUCCAUGUGGAUCAGUAAUUAGGUUAGAACAUAUAACAACAAAUAAAAAUCUGCAUUCGCAUCAUUUUUCGAGUCCUUUAAGUGGAAAUCAAGAAAUUAGUUGUUAUGGUGAUGAUAAAGGUGAAGGUGACACUGGGGAUCAUUGGAUGGUGGUAUGCCCAGGAGAUUCUUGGACAAGGGAUGAUAAUAUUAUGUUGAAACAUAUUGAUACAAAUCAAUAUUUGGCUGCAUCAGGAAAAACUUUUGGGAGACCAAUUAAUGGGCAAAUGGAAAUUGUAGGGGUGAGAUCAACAAGUGGAUCUGUUCAUUGGCAAGCAAUGGAAGGUGUCUUUUUACAUGCACCUAAUAUAAUGGAAAAACACAUACAUACAGAACUGUAAGCUAAUUUCUUUUUUAAGUAGACAAUUUAUUACUUCUGUAAUUUUAUAUAAAAAAUGCAAAAAAAAAGUUUGGAUUAAUUACAACAAAAAACUAGUCAUAUCUUAAAAUAACAAUGUAUUAUUGUAUAAUUGGUCUCGUUGGUGGACAACAAAUUGCUGCAUACCUAAAAAGGAAAUAUAUUAUAUAAGUUAUAA